AGCUCGUGGAGUGUUGACUGAGAUGACAGCAGCGUCACGACAUUAACACAGGUCCUCGUGGUUCUCACAGGUUUAUUUUUGAGGGAAAUUCCACUCGGGAGGGUAAGGAUGCCUUUCAGGAGGAGUGAUCAGACUCUGAUUUAGACGGAAGAUGCUUCCUGGUGGGUGUUCCCUCCUCUGUCUGAUCCCUCUCCUCCUAAAUGCGUCCUUUGGCUUCAAGUUGUGUCCCACUGACUGCUUUUGCUACGAGUCUUCAUCUCUGGUGGACUGUCAGGCUCGGGGUCUGGCCCGGGUCCCUCCUAGUAUCCCUCACAGCACCUGGAUGCUGGAUUUAGUUGGGAACAGGUUGACGGAGGUACGCAGCAGAUCCUUUGUAGGGCUGUGGUCUUUGAGGAUCCUCCUGAUGUCCAACAACAGCAUCCAGACUCUGCAGCCACAGGUACAGAACAAAGCAGUGUGCCUCUAAUCUUUUAUUCUUAUUUAUUUUAUUUGAGCAUGAACAAAGACAGAAUCAAAGCUUUGUGAUUGGAGUAUCAUGAAAUAAAUCAAGUCUUUUAUUUGCAAAUCAGUUCAAACUAUAAUUUUGUUAUCCUGUGAUGAUUUGGAGGGAAAAAAGUUCUCUUAGAUCACCAAAUGUUUGCUGUCGGCAGCCAACGGGGAAAAGUGAAUAGACUGUGAUUAAAUAUAUGAGCUCCCUAUUUAUGCAGAACAUGUAAACAGUCUUAGUUUAAAUAAAACCAGAUAUAUUUCUACUGUCCAGUCUUCACAAGUGUUUUCAAAACUAAAUUUAAUCGUGGCUUAGUGGGAGCCAGUCAUGUGAUUUAGGUACAACAGUCUUAAACAGAGCUAGAGCCCCAUAGAGCACCCACGGGUCGCACUGUAAGAUAAAAAUGUCAUAGUAUAGUAUGUUAAAAGGAUCAUAUAAUAGUAUAACAAAUAUCGUAGUAUAGUGUGAUAAAAAUGUCAAAGUGUAUGAUAUAAACUUCAAAGAAAGAAAAUAAAUUAUGAAGAAUAUGUCAUAGUAAAGUAUGUUUAAAAUUUCAAAAUUUAGUAAAAAAAAUAUUCAAAUUUUUGUGAGAAAAAAGUGUCAUAGUAUAGUAUGAUAAAAAUGUCAUAGUAUAGUAUGAUAAAAAAUAUCAUAGUAUAGUAUGAUAAAAAAUGUCAUAGUAUAGUAUGAUAAAAAGUGUCAUAGAAUAUUAUGAUAAAAAUGUCAUAGUAUAGUAUGUUGAAAAUUCACAAUUUAGUAGAAAUUUUUUUUACAAUUUUUGUGUGAAAAAAAAAUCAUAGUAUUGUAUGAUAAAAAUGUCAUAGUAUAGUAUGAUAAAAAAAAUCACAAUUUAGUAGGAAAUUUUUUUUACAAUUUUUGUGAGAAAAAAAUAUUGUAUUGUAUGAUAAAAUUGUCAUAGUAUCGUAUGUUAAAAAAUUUACAAUUUAGUAGGAAUUUGUUUUUACAAUUUUUGUGAGAAAAAAGUGUCAUAGUAUAGUAUGAUAAAAAUUGUCAUAGUAUAGUAUGAUAAAAAUGUCAUAGUAUAGUAUGAUAAAAAUGUCAUAGUAUAGUAUGAUAAAAAAUGUCAUAGUGUAGUAUGCUAAAAAUGUCAUAGUAUAGUAUGAUAAAAAAUGUCAUAGUAUAGUAUGAUAAAAAUGUCAUAGUAUAGUAUGUUAAAAAUGUCAUAGUAUAGUAUGUUAAAAAAAUUCACAAUUUAGUAGGAAUUUUUUUUUCAAUUUUUGUGUGAAAAAAGUGUCAUAGUAUAGUAUGAUAAAAAUGUCAUAGUAUAGUAUGUUAAAAAAUUCACAAUUUAGUAGGAAAUUUUUUUAGAACUUUUUGUGAAAAAAAUAUAGUAUUGUAUGAUAAAAAUUUCAUAGUAUAGUAUGAUAAAAAAAUCACAAUUUAGUAGGAAAUUUUUAUUACAAUUUUUGUAAAAAAAAUAUAUUGUGAGAAAAGUGUCAUAGUAUAGGAUGAUAAAAAUGUCAUAGUAUAGUAUGUUAAAAAAAUUCACAAUUUAGUAGGAAUUUUUUUUUACAAUUUUUGUGAGAAAAGUGUCAUAGUGUAGUAUGAUAAAAAUGUCAUAGUAUAGUAUGUUAAAAAAAUUCACAAUUUAGAAGGAAAAAAAUGCUUUUUUUGUGUGAAAAAAAACUUCAUAGUAUAGUAUGUUAAAAUGUUAUAUUUCAGUAAAAAAAAGAGAUUUCUGUAUGAAAAAAAUGUCAUAGUAUAGUAUGUUAAAAACUUCAUAUUUCAGCAAGAAAGACAUUUUAUAUUCUAGUUUGCAAUAAAAAUGUCAUAGUAUUUUAUGAUAAAAAUGUCAUAGUAUAGUAUAUUUCAAAUUUAAAAAUUUCAUACGUUUGUGUCAAAAAAUGUCAUAGUAUAGUAUAAAAAAAAUCAUAUUUCAUCAAGAAAGAAAAUUUUCACACUUUUUUUUUAUUUUAAACUUUCUUUAAACACGCUUAAGCACAAAAACAGAAUGUUGUGAAAAGUUUUGUUUACUUAUUUUUUGCCCCAAAAAAGUACAAUGUUCCUUUCUGCAGAACAAUAAAGUAUAAGAUAAGUGGCUGUUGGUGUGGUCAACAUUAGCUGCACCAGCCUUCAGUCCUUCUUACACAUAGUUGUCCUCAUUAACAGAUUGCUCUGUUACCAGAAAUGGGCUGUAAACUACUUUAUCUCCAUUUUCUGACAAACCGUGCCGUGCAAAGAGGAGCCAUCUGCCACCUGGAUUUAUUAACAUGAGUAGCAGAACAUCAUAUGACGCUGUGAUUUCUGUCCCUCUGUUUGUGUUUCAGGCUUUUUCAUCACUUCACUUCCUGGAGAGACUAGACCUGAGUUUCAACCGGCUGCGCUGGCUUCCCCAGGACUUCUCCCAGACUCUGUCCUCCCUUCAGCAGCUCCGGCUGGACCACAACCUGCUGCUGCACCUGGACUCUGCUUCUCUGGCUGACUUCGAGAGCCUGAGGAAACUGGACCUCAGUUCAAACCGCAUCAGGGUGAUUGAUGUCCGAGCUUUCAGCAGCCUGUCUCUGCUGAGCCACCUCAACCUGGAGAGGAACCGCCUGAACGUGCUGAGAGAUGGUCUCUUGAGCAGACAGCAGAGUCUAGAGAGGCUGCUGCUGGGACACAACAACAUCUCAGUGAUCGAGACUGAAGCUCUGGCUCCCCUGAGGAGUCUGACCCUGCUGGGUUUACAGGGAAACCAGCUGGAGAGAGUCAGGUUCAAGACCUUCCUGAAGCUCCAAACCACCACCACCCACCUCCUCUUGUCCUCCAACCCCUGGAUCUGCGACUGUGAGCUGCAGCGCGUCUUCAGCAAGAUCCAGCAUGUCAGACGUCUACGUGUAUACGACUACGGGGACAUUGUGUGUCACGCUCCUCCUCUGCAGGCCGGCAGCUCUCUGGCGUCUCUGGACAGUCAGCUGUGCGUGGCCGAGACGGCGUCAGUGCUGGUCAUCACCAUCACGGUGCUGCUCGCUGUGAUCGGUGCUCUGGUCAAAGCAGAGCACAACAGGAAGAACAACCAGGCUUCGAGCGAUACAGAGUCAGAGAAAGACGAGAAAUGACGAGUUUCAGUCGGGAUCAGGGGUCUUGGGACUGAUGGAGCUGAAUGUGGAGGCAUCAUGACGACAUUUUAUCAUCUUUUUAGACUCUUGAGUUUAAUAUCAAGAUCAUUUACAUUCAUUUCUAACUGCACCGGCGAUGGCAUCCACAUUUUUUGAAUUCCUGACAAUCACCAGCUGACACUUUUUGAUAUGUAUCUGGCAACUCGCCUGCAAUCUGUCUGUUUUGAUCUCAUCUCCAUGUUUUUCGAAACUCCUCUCACUCAAAAACUUGAACCAAACGCAACAAUUUCUGACAGUUUGGACAGUGUAGACGUGAUUUCACUGGUUACAUCAUCACAGAUGCCUUUUUAAAUUAGGCGUCAAAUCUGAUACAAGCUGUGGACUUGAAGUCACUUUAUUAGUCUAACACUAAAGUAACAGUAUGCAUCUUUUCUUCAACCAGUGAAGGAAAAAGCCCAGACUUGUAAUCUGUCUACAUACAGUUUUGUGCAGACACCUACUUUGAAGAUAGCUAGUUUUAAAGCUUGUUUCCAGUGCAGUCUUGAAAACUGAACAAGAGAGUGAACAGGAUGGCAGAGAAAUGAAAGUUUGCACAGUUCAGAAUGAAAUAAAGACAUCUUUAAUGAUGAAAAUACUUGUACACUGACAAUACUCCUCAGCACUUUUUCAUAUAAAUGUGAACAGAAUUGACACAGCAGGUAAAAAGCUGAAUGUCUUCAAUUUAAUGAAAUUCACAGCUUAAAGGUCCUCACACACCGGGGCCGUCGUGAAUAUAGAACGCUAAAUUACGUAAUAUUCGGAGUCAUCACACGCUCAAGCCAAAUGGUCAGCACUUAUAGCCAAUCAGAGGUGAAGGAGGGCGGGACCUUCCCUUACUACAGCGUCCCGGGUGGAAACGAGAAGACAAAAAUGGAGUCUACUUCGACUUCAAGUGGUGGCAAAUUGGUGCUUCUUUUGCUUUCUCAAAAGAAAAAGAAACGUAGCACAUGGGUGCAUCCAAUAUUACAAUAAAGAAGAGAACUUGUGAGUUUAACCGCUUGGUUCAGGAGCUGAAAUUGUACCACAGUCGCUUCAGAACCUAUUUUCGGAUGUCCGUUGGACAAUUUGAAGUUCUGCUGAAACAAUUAGCUCCAAGUUUGAAAAGGCAGAGGACUAGACACUAGUGUUGAGAUGGCUUUCUGUCAUGAUAGCAUAUACUGAGUCAGGACCAGUAACAGAUAAGCACAUGAAACUAUGUUAACAACCGUUAGCUUACGUUAGCACAGAUAAAAGUUAAGAUGAUUAUCAAACUGUUAAAGCACACAAAACAUCGUCAUAUGAGAAAUCCGACACUAUGACUCUCCACAAGUUGUCCUUCAGGUCGUUAUCGUAAUUUUUGUGUAAACGAUCAUAAACAAUCAGCCGGUCGUGAAAUCUGAUUGGUCAGAAGUGGUCACACAGUAUGCGAAACUUUAGAAAAAUCGACCAUGAUCUGAAAAAAUUAAUGCCGCAAUAUCGCAGGACGGGAAAACGUUGCUGAUGUGAACGCUUGUAUUGACAGGAUACGGGUUCGAAAAAGAAAUAUUGACGUCCGAAAUAAUCGCACGAAAAAAACACUCCUGGUGUGUAAGGACCUUUAAAGUAACACAAACAACUGGGUGUGUUACUCCAAAACCAGAACUCCACCAGCUGAAUUUUAUUUCCCUUUAUUAUCAAAAAAAAUUUAACCAACUUUGUCGAACAUAAAAUGUUUAAGACUUUCAUUUCAGAGUAAAAUGAGCUCCCCGUAGUGUAGACAAAAAUGUAAACAUGUAUCUGAAUAAAUUAUAAAAUUGCAAAAAAA